CAUAUGAAGGGGAACUGGGGAAGGGAUACACAUACACUACUGCACGUCUACACUAGUACUGACUACUGAGGUGGCCCGAACAACCUUUAUCCGAUUAUCCCCCCGCAUUAUCUCUCUCGGUAGUUCCCCCGUCCCCCUCGCGUGCGCUCUGUGGCGACGACUGCUCGGCCGCCGCCGCCCUACGCGCAGGCGCCCAGGUUUCCACCUUCGCCGGCGACGAGCGCCCACAAGGAAAACAAUGGAGUGGUGGGCUGCUGAUGGUUUGUACUACUUCCGGACCUGAAAGGAGCUUUUUACAAUGGCACCGGGAAGCAGCAUUGUGACUGUAGUCCCCGAGUCGGACUGUGGAGAUGACGAUGGGCUUUCUGAAUCACUUGGGGGUAUCAUGCUUGACGUAGACUCUGCAAGUAAACCGUGGUCUACAUCGGCAUCGCUAGCCAAUGUUGCAUUGUCGUCGCUGUGUGGCUUGAAUGAUUUGCUCGAAUGCCCAGUGUGUACCAACUCGAUGCGCCCACCUAUACUCCAGUGCCCAAAUGGCCACACGAUCUGCUCUAGUUGCAAGCACAGGGUAGAGAACCAUUGCCCAACCUGUCGCCAGGAACUGGGAAACAUCAGGUGCCUAGCUCUCGAGAAGGUGGCAGAGCAACUCCAGCUUCCGUGCAAGUACCAGAGCACGGGAUGCACCGAGAUCCACCCAUACAAGAGCAAACUGAAGCACGAGGAGCUCUGCAGGUUCAGGCCGUACAGCUGCCCGUACGCAGGUUCCGAGUGCCUGAUCGCAGGCGACGUCCCGUUCCUGGUGUCCCAUCUCAUCAACGACCAUAAGGUGGACUUGCACGAGGGCUGCACGUUCAACCACCGGUACGUGAAGCCCAACCCGUACGAGGUGGAGAAUGCCACGUGGAUGCUCACUGUUUUCAAGUGUUUCGGGCAGCACUUCUGCCUGCACUUCGAGGCGUUCGUGCUGGGGAUGGCGCCGGUGUACAUGGCGUUCCUGCGGUUCAUGGGCGAGGAGAGCGAGGCGCAGGGGUUCGGGUACAGCCUGGAGGUGGGCGGGGGCGGGCGGAAGCUGACGUGGCAGGGCACGCCGCGGAGCGUCAGGGACAGCCACCGGAAGGUGCGGGACAGCUUCGACGGGCUCAUCAUCCACAGGAACAUGGCGCUCUUCUUCUCGGGCGGCGGCAGGCAGGAGCUCAAGCUGCGGGUCACCGGCCGCAUCUGGAGGGAGCAAGGGCAAUGAAAAGCACCCCCGCACACAUUCCGUUGACUGGUGGUUAUGGUGGUACACCGCUGUGUUCCAUUCCAUCCCAUCAUCCGGGGGCAGCCUUCUGCUCAGCUCCUCGCCAUGAUUCAAGACCCCAUUCCGUGUUCGUCCUGUGCAUUUGCUGUAUGUACAGAUAUUUUGCAUACCUAGCCUGGAACUAGACCGUCUGCAGACAUGAUUAACACGUGGGGAAAGCCCCGGCAAAACCUGCCAGUCUGGUAUGUGCUCAUGUUAAUGCCUUUUGCAAUGUC